UUUAUCCGUCAUACGUUUAGUUCAAAGGUUGUUUAAGUCUAAAGACUGGAAAUUUGGAAGUCUUCCAAUCAAUGCUAGAAGUUGUUGUUUUUGUUCGUUUGUUUGUUUUGUUUAGAACGUACAGAAAAGAGGAAAACCAUGUGAGUUCUUGUCACACUCAACAGAUUGUUGAUAACGAAAUAAUUAUGCAAUUAAUGUGACAAAUGUACAGCUGCCAGCACUAAAAGAUGAGCCUGUUGUGAUGUUGUAUUUUAUUUUUUAUCAUAUCGUAUAUGUAUUGUGUGCUUUUUUUUAAAUUUUUCUCUCUCUCUUUCUUUUCCUUUUAAAUUUUAAUUUUACUGCCUUUUUUCACAUCAUGGCCAGGGGACUACAGAUGAAAACUAGCCUUCUGGCUAAUUCUGGCUUUUUUAAACAUGUGUAGUCAUGUGUUUUAUGAAAUUGCAUUGUCCCCUUUGAAAUAAACUAAUCUUAAUCUUAAUUUUAACCCGUUAAGAGGUUUGUGGAUAUUUAAGGGAGCUUUAUAGGCAAUAUAGGUCAAGCACCAUAGUUAGCCGCCUCUUACUAACAGUUUUUCACUAUUUAGAAUGCCCAGAAAAGAGAGAGACAUGUGUUCACGUCUCACAUAAGGAUAGCGGAUGAUGUGCCAACUUCCCCCCCCAAAAAUAGCAACUUGAACGCAACACGAAAGGUCGGGUCAGGUGAAAGUUAGCUGGUUAAAUUCCCAUUCUGCCGCUCAGCCAGCAGCUUGACUAUCCAUUAACCGACAAGUAUUGAGUAAUAGCUGUGGUCAGACGGUGGAGCUACCGUUUGCAGUUUACGACAAGACACACCAGAGGAGGAGCUUUUGCCUUGAGGUCACAGUUGAAGAUUACAACCACAAAGUUCAUUACAGGCAAAUGCUGCAGGAAGUCAGGGACACGAUAAUUGUUUGUGAACGAGUGAAAAAAUGUUAGCGCAGUCAGUGGUUUUGUGUCUGGUGUGUGGGGCGGUCACCUGGGCCCAGGACCUGAACAUGAGCAGAGCUCUGCAGUUGAUGUCUGAGACGCCGCUCAUCGACGGCCACAACGACCUGCCUUGGCAACUUCGACAACAGUUCGACAACCAGCUGAACAAAGUGGACCUGAACACUCUGGGAACAACACACACCAACAUCCCAAAGAUUCAGAAGGGGCGUCUGGGAGCGCAGUUCUGGUCGGCCUAUGUGCCGUGUGCCAGUCAGUACAAAGAUGCCGUCAGACAGACCCUGGAGCAGAUUGACGUGAUCCACAGGAUGUGUCACAAAUACCCCGACUAUUUCAUGUUCGCCAGCAGCAGCCAAGACAUCAUGGAGGCGUUCGGUCGCAACAAGACGGCCAGUCUGAUCGGGGUGGAGGGAGGUCACUCCAUUGACAGCAGUCUGAGCACACUGCGGACAUUCUACCAGUUGGGGGUGCGCUACCUCACCCUCACACACUCCUGCAACACGCCCUGGGCAGAUAACUGGCUUGUGGACACUGGAGCAGAAGCCUCUCAACACGAUGGAUUAUCUCCAUUUGGCAAGCAAGUGAUCGCAGAAAUGAACCGUGUGGGAAUGCUGAUAGAUUUGUCUCACGUGAGCGUGAGAGUGAUGAAUCAGGUGUUGGACAUGUCCGAGGCACCCGUCAUCUUCAGCCACUCCUCCGCCUUCGCCGUCUGCCCACACAAGAGGAACGUUCCGGAUGAUGUUCUCAGAAGAGUGAACGAAACGGGAGGAAUUGUAAUGGUUAACUUUUACAACGACUAUGUGACUUGUAGCCAGACUGCUACACUCUCUGAUGUUGCAGAUCACUUUGACCAUAUAAGGAAAGUGGCAGGAGCUGGCAUCAUCGGCUUCGGUGGCGACUAUGAUGGCGUUACAAGACUUCCAGAGGGUCUUGAGGACGUGUCCAAGGUCCCCAGUCUGGUAGCGGAGCUGCUAAGAAGAGGAUGGUCUGAUGACCAAGUCAAAGCUGCUCUGGGAAACAACUUGCUGCGUGUCCUCAGACAAGCCGAACAGGUUCGUGACCGUCUGAGCGGAAACAAACCCGAUGAUGUUCCCAUCCCAGACAAGGAGGUGCAGAACCCGUGUCGCACCGGCGAUGGUUCCGACAACAGCGGAAGUGUUGCUUCGCUUAGCAUGAUGUCUCUUCUGUUAGCGCUGACUUUGCACGCCAGCAUCAUUUUCACUGCUUCUUAGGGUUGUCGGUCACAGUCACCAGCACACAUUCGAGCAAAUCGAUUUGUUCGCUUGUUUUAAGUGUGAUUUAUGUUGCUUGUGCAAUGUGGGCCCAUUAUUUCCUUUCAUUUUUAAGAGACGCGAAACAAAAAAAACAAGAUAUUGUCGUGUAAAGUUGAAGUGAUGAAUACAGAGAAUUACAACUAUAUGUGCGAGCGUGUCAUUUUUAAAGUUUGUUCUGCCCUCACUAUACGUGUUGAGGUUAUACAGCUUGGCAGACAGCUAACAAACAAUCCAGGACGUUCUAAAAAAGUUCCAAAACAGAUGAAU